CAGUCGCACAAAAAGAGCUAAGAAACAGCCGGUGUCGCCGUGGUAGCGUUCCCCAGGAAAAAUGGCCUUUAGUUCCCACAGCAUGUGACUGAAGAGCAAGGACAUCUUGGUCAAGUUCCUCCUGAGAUGGAAACAAAACACAAAGAUGGCUGUGCAAACAGGAUGCAUUCGGCUGACGCAGCAAGGCCCGGUCCGUCUUAUCCAGCAGGUUCCUCACGUGGAGCCUCAAGUACAUGCCCUCCUCCCCGCCGGCGGCUCGGCCCAUCACUGCCCCGAUGCCUCGGUAGGGCUCCCAGACCCGUCUGAGCUGAGACGCGGUCUCCGGUACCAGCUCAAGAAGAAACGGCGGGCUGGACUUGAGGCCCAACCGCGGGUCCGCACACAACUUGUGGAGCUUUUCCAGCCUUCUGAGAGCUUUGUUGACCAGGCGGUGGUCCCCAAAGACUCCACUACAUGACCCCAGAGGGAUUCUUCUUCUUGGGGAUUGGAUCUGCCAGAUCUUUUCCCGGUUUGGCGCCGCCAGACUUCCACUGAGCUCCGGGACUCACCUGACAGACUUUGACCGGGCGAGGCGCGGUUGAUGCCGAGGGCCGCGACCAUGAACGGUGACCGCGGCUCGAUCGCCACGGCGCCGCUGGACCUGAGCACCAGUCAGCGGGGCGGCAGCUGCGUGGCGGCGGGGGAGUGCGGAGGAGCCCCGCCGUCACCUGCGGACACUCCGCGGACACUCUCGGCUCGCAGGCGGCCGGCGGACGAAGCCUCCCUCCGGCUGCCGUUUCGGAAACGGCCGAUCGCUGUGGAACCGGAGGAGCGGACACGAACGUCAAGAGUAGCGGGGCGACUCCGGCGCCUGUCCCCGGCGAGAGGCGCUGACAGGCCGGCCCCAGAGAGCGCCUCGGGCGGGCUGGGGAACACCUCCGAGUGGGGACCGCAGGGCGUUGCCGUGGUAACCCCAACGCAGGCUGAGGAGGCUGCAAGGAGGGAUCAAGCUGCUCCCAUCCGCUACUUGCCUUCUUUGCCUUAUAGCCUCUACCCGGUGUACUGUUUGAAUCCUGAGGUCAACCACCAUGACUUCCAUCCCACCCAGGACUUGCUGGCGAGCCUGACGCUGGCUAAACGGCAAGAUGAGGAUGGAGACACAGCUCUCCACAUAGCGGUGGUGCAAGGGGAGAUGGCGGUUGUCUGCCAACUGAUCCAUCUUAUGCUGUGGGCGGGAAAAACCCUCGACAUCUACAACAACCUCCGUCAGACCCCUCUUCACCUGGCAGUGAUAACCCGGCAGGUGCACAUGGUGGAUGCUCUGCUGAGGGCCGGGGCGGACCCUUCCGCUUUGGACCGCAACGGCCAGACGGCGCUGCACCUUUGCUGCGAGUACAACCACGGAGACUGUCUGUCUGUGCUGCUCUCGCUGCCCGCGUCCUCCACGUGCCUGGAGAUCAAGAACUACGAAGGUCUGAGUCCCCUCCAUCUGGCCGUCAUCCAUAACCACCCACAUUUGUCCACUAUGCUGCUGGGAGCAGGCGCUGACAUCAACACAAUGGACAUCAAAAGCGGCAAGAGUCCUCUUGUUGUAGCGGUGGAGAGCAACAAUGCACAGAUGGUCCACUUCCUCAUUGAGAGCGGCUGUGAUGUCAACAGGCCGUCGUACAGCGGCAACACGGCCCUGCACAGCGCCUGCGGCCGGGGCCGGGCGGACAUGGUGCACCUGCUGCUGAAGAACGGGGCCGACAGCAGCCUCAAGAACUACUACAACGACACGCCGGUGAUGGUGGCCAAGAACAAGAAGAUAGCGGAUAUUCUACGAGGGAGGGGGUCAAGGUUGAUAAGACUUCAAGAGCAACCCAUUAGCACGUCGCCACAUAGGAGCAAUGGCACACAAAAUUUAUCUUCCCCAUCGCAAAGCCACAGUCGGAGUUGUUCACCCGUGACAAUACAGCACGCCGCCCCCAACUCACCAAAGACUCCAUCCACGAUGGCAUUUCCAUUUCAAUAGCUUGUAGUGGUCGUGCCGGGGAACCGGCAACGACCCUAAACACUGCCAAUCCUGCACAAAUGACGACAUCUGGACUGCCCUAAAUGGCCUUCAAGUUGAAUGUACGAGACCAGGGGUGUCAAACUGGUUUUCAUUGAGGGCCACGUCACAGUCAUGGUUGCCAUCAGAGGGCAACUUGUAAAAGUGAUAAUAUAUGAAUUUGCCUAUGCAUCGGAUUAUUAUAUAUAUAUUUUACAUACACUAAAAAAAAAUGUAGAAACCAAAAAUGUUACUGUAAAAUAGUGUUUUUUACAACAUAUUACUGUAAAUGGAAUAGCAGUACUACUGUUUUUUUUUUUUAUUCUGGCAACUCAGCUGCCAGUUUUUUUUUCCCAUUAAAAAAAAAAAAGUGAUACCUUUUUUCCAUUUACAAUAAUACACCGUAAAAACAACAAUCGUAGACUCAAAAACUGGCAGCUCUAUGGACAGAAUUUUGCAAUAAAAAAUAUGUUUAAUUUACGGUAAUAUGCUUUACAAACCAUUGUCCAUUUUACCGUAAAAUCUAUAAUUUUUACAGUGUACAAUUUGAUUGGUUACAUGCUUUGAAAUCAUAAGUCCAGCAGAUAUUUAAGUAUUUAUUUUUAUUUUGACAAAAAAAAAGUAUGAUUUUGUAUAAUAUUAAA